AUGGAGCGAUUUUCUGCCAUGACGAAGGUCUUCUUUCAACAUAGCCAGGGUGCACUGGUGUUUUGGGGACCUCGCAAUCCGUCAUCGCUUGCCAGAGCCGUGCAGUGGAAAGCCAAGAUUGCACAAGAAGUUCAUCCUCCGAUUCCUUGCGUUUUAGUGACGGAGAAUAUUAAGGAUUCACAGUUAAAAUCAGUGGAGUGGAUCGGGCCAGGGAAAAUAUUCGAAAACGAGUUAGCUCUAGAUAGGUUCUGUCGAAGACACGGUUUUGUGGAUCAUUUUGAAAUCAAAUUCCGUGACUGGGAAUCUGGAGAAAAGAGCGUUUUCGGACAAGCUGUGACCUGUGCUCUUGACGAGAUUUUGCAGAACGAACAUAAACAAGACAAAACUUGGAUUUGA